AUGGCUCAGCCAGAUAAUCGUGGCAAAGAUGGCAGAUGGUCUCUUGAGGGAACCACAGCUCUUGUUACCGGUGGAACCAAAGGAAUCGGGCAUGCUAUUGUGGAGGAAUUGGGAGGAUUUGGGGCAACAGUCCACGCAUGCUCUCGCAAUCAAGGUGAUAUAUAUAAGUGCUUGCUUGAAUAGGAGGCAAAGGGCUUCCGAAUCAUUGGUUCAGUCUGUGACCUUGUGUCUCGUCCCCAACGAGAGGAACUUAUGAACACUGUUUCUCGUCAAUUUUAUGGCAAGCUCAAUAUCCUUAUAAAUAAUGUGGGGACCUACCUUGCUAAACCAACCAUAAAGGUGACGGCUCAAGAUUUUGCAUUCAUCAUGGCUACCAACGUUGAAUCCACUUACCACCUGAGCCAACUUGCUUAUCCUCUUCUUAAAGAAUCAGGAAGAGGAAGUAUUUUUCUCCUUUCUUCCAUUAGUGGAAUGUUGGGAAUAGGUGGCGCAUCCAUUUAUGGCACAAGUAAAGGGGCAGUAAACCAACUUACUAGAUGCUUGGCAUGUGAGUGGGCACGAGAUAAUAUCAGGACCAAUCGCAUUGCACCUGGAGUGAUAAAAACUCCUUUAGCGGAGGAUUUAGUCAAAAGCAAAGCCAUGGAAACUAUAAAUUUGCGAACACCUAUUGGACGACCUGGGGAGUCGGAAGAGAUAUCAUCUUUGGUAGCAUAUCUCUGCCUACCUGCGGCUUCUUACAUUACUGGACAAAUAAUCUAUGUUGAUGGAGGAAUGACUGUGUAUGGAUUCAAUCCCGACCCCUAG